CAAAAAGAUAAAACCCAAGAAUCAGACGACGCCGUUCUGUAUAAUACCCAUUCAGGUUUCCCCUAAUUUUCAAUUUCUUAUCCAUCAAAACCCUAAAUCUUCAGUAGAUCUCUCAAUUCAACCCCCAAAACAAUGGAUAAUCCCAAUUCUCGUCCCUGCGAAAAUUGCAACAAAAGGACAAUAGUUGCAGAUGAUCAUACAGGUAACCCUGUUUGUAGAUCAUGUGGAAUUAUCCAAACUUUCGAUAAUUAUGAUCCACAAAUUGGUGGUUUAACUGGUCCUACAGGUACUUAUGUACAUACAGGUACAUCAGGUAUUGGAAAUAAAUAUAAUUAUAAAGAAACAAAAAUAUAUGAAGCAAAAAGAAUAAUUAAUGAUAUAACAUUUCAAUUACAAUUUUCUUCUUUGAAAUGUAGUGAAGUUGAAGUUAUGGUUGAGAAAAUUACUGUUGGUGAAUAUGGUAAAGGUAAAUGGUUUGAAAUAUUUGUUGGUGCUUGUUGUUAUGUUGUUUUUAGACAAGAUAAUAAGCCUUUGAGUAUUGUUAAGGUUGCUAGUUUGGUUGGUUGUGAUAUUUAUGAGUUAGGUCGAAUGGUUUAUCGGGUAGUUGAAUUUUUAGAAUUGCAGUUGCCUCAGAUUGAUGUCGUUGGUUCGUUCGAGAAUUAUGUUAAGAAUUAUGUUAAGGGUGUCGCGUGUUUUAGUGAGGUCGACAAGGAUGUUAUUACGAGGAUGUUGAAACAAGGGGUUUUUUUAGUGAAUUGUUUGGUUAAGUGGUAUGUUACGACGGGGAGGAAACCGUUGCCGGUCGUGGGGUCGGUUUUGGUUUUCGUCGCGGAGUUGAAUGGGGUGGAUGUGAGGAUUGAGGAUGUUGCGAAUGAGUUGGGGGUCGCGGUUGUUACGUGUAAGUUGAGGUAUAAGGAGUUGUUGGAGAGGUUAGUGAAGGUUGCGAGAGGUUUGCCUUGGGGUGAGGACGUUACGGUUAAGAAUAUUAUGAAGCACGCGACGUUUGUAAUUCAAUACAUGGAGUUGAAAUCGAUGUCGAAGUUGAAGAAUAGAGGUGAUGGUAAAAGGAAGAGUUUCGAGGAUGUUGGAUUUGAUUUGGAUUAUUUGAUCGAUGAUUGUUUGAGCAACGAAAACGAUUACGCUAUCGAUUUUAAUGACGAGGAAAACGACUCGCGGUAUUUUCGGACGGAGCGUGCGUCAAAUUUGAGUAGUGAAAGUCCGAAUAGAUUCCAGAUAUCUCUAGAGUGUUUGGCGAUGGUUUAUUCGAAGAUUAAGAAUGAUAUGUAUGUAAACGAGUCGACAAUUAGCAGAGAUAAUAGCAUUCCGAGAAGGAAGAGAAGAUAUGGCAUAAUUUCGGUCACUGAUUGGUGGAAGGGCGAAUCGGAAAUGAGCAAAAUGCUUUUAAUGAAGGAAUUAGUGGAGAAAGAUGUGGGAUUGAGUGCCAUGCCUCCGUCUUUUGAUAGAGGUUGUUUGACAUAUGAAAGGAGAAAAGAGAAGAUAAAGGCUGCGAAAUUUCGAAUCCAUAAGACAAUGUAUCCUUCAGAUGCUGGAUCGAUGGAUAAGGUUGAUGUAGGCCCCGUUGAACAUGUAAAUGCUGGAAAGAAAAGGAGAAGGAAAACGAAAGUUGAUGUUGAUUGGGAAGAUGUCAUUAUUGAAACACUUCUCCUUCAUCAAGUGAAAGAAGAGGAGAUAGAGAAGGGGUAUUAUAAAGCCUUGUUGGACUUGCAUGUUUUCAACUAUUGAAGAUCUAACCUGUCAGCACCAACCAUUAUGCCAAUUUAUGUAAAAACAAAGAUGUGACAAAGAAUUUUUUUUACUUUUCUUUAACUGAUUCUUCGAGAGAAUAGGAGCUAUUUUUGUUAAUGUUUUCAUUCUGUAGCUUUGCAAGAGUUACAUAUUUUUGGUAAAAUGAGUGAGAAAUAUACUGGUGGAAUAUACAAAAACAUGCUUUGUUUUUUAUAUAUAUCGUAUUUGUAUUCUCUGUAUAUGUUUUGCCUUCAAUAACCUUGGCUUUUAUUUCUUUUAUGGGAUGAGAUGUUCCGUUUCUCCCAGUACAUUUUCAUUUUGAUUCAUACAGGAAUUUUUUUUUUUUUUCUGACUUGCAAGAUUUUCACUCUUCCAAUCUAUGUUGAUCUUAGGACUCAGAAUUGUGGAACAGAGAAAUUAUAUUUGUAGAAUGAAUGAGGGCUCCUUGUCUUUGACCCAGUUCAUUAUGGUUUCCUUAUUGGCUUUUGGUUAUUCUAAUUUCUCUUUGAUAGGCAGUUAUUUCGCAUGCUGGAUAAUGUGAUGAUUCAAGGGGCCAUAGAUGGAUCAUUGCUUUUCUGCUACCAAAGGGGAACUAUACUCAAGUCAACUCAGAGUUUCAAUAUUCCAGGGAAUUAUAAUUUCAGGAAAUCAAACACUCUGUUGGGCAGCACCUCUUCUGAUAAUUUGACGCAAUCUUUAGGUAACUAUUGGACAUUUAUUAAAGAAAUAUCUUGCUUGUUUUGCUUCUAUAAGAGUAAGAUCUGAGACGAGUAUGUUUGAUUAACAAAAUGAAGUAAAGGCUUAUAGUUUAGAAUUUUGUUAUCAAGUUUAUAUUCCUUUUCCUGUUUUUUUUUUUUGGUUUCUCGUGUUAAAAGCUUGACAUGCAUAUAUUCUUAAACAAUCUCAAUACAUUCUCUUCCCUUGGAUAAGCUCGCUUUCUAAUAUUCAAUUAAAAAUGUGAAAAGAAAAAAAUUGGCAUGUAUGUUGGAAAUGAAUGUAUGUUAUAUCAAAGCCUUGCUAUGUAUUCCCUCAACCUCAGAAGAUGUUAUAUGUCAGGUACUCUUGCACUGACUUAAGGUGAUCCUUAUUAAGUUCUCCAUGGUCUAUCAAAAUUUCGUAUUACUUUCCUGAAUGCCGAUAUAUACACACAGCUGAUGUGCACAGUUAUAAAUGUGCACAGAAAAAAAUUGGCAUGUAUGUUGGAAAUGAAUGUAUGUUAUAUCAAAGCCUUGCUAUGUAUUCUCUCAACCUCAGAAGAUGUUAUAUGUCAGUAACUCUUGCGCUGAUUUAAGGUGAUCCUUAUUAAAUUCUCCAUGGUCUAUCAAAAUUUCGUAUUACUUUCCUGAAUGCUGAUAUAUACACACAGCUGAUGUGCACAGUUAUAAAUGAUGAUGAAACUACAAUUACAUCAUGGAUUUGGUUUAAAAGCUUUCAUAACAAUUUCCACUAAGUGCUUCUCUAGCACUAACACCUUAUUGCUUUCUGAUAGAUCCAUCUACACAUACGCCAGCAUUUGGACCAACAUCACUUGUUCUGUACCAAACUUAUGUAACACCGUGAUUGAACGCAGUUCCAAGUUCUUCGCUGAAAAUACCACCCAAGUAGAAUUGAAAUGUGAUUCCACUCACAUGAAUUUCUGUAUACUGGUUGUUUAGAGACAGAAUUUAGCAGACCUGACUUGAUAUAUGCUGGGACAUAAUAUCUUCAUAGUUCAUACCAUAUAGCUUUAGUAGUAUGAUUUGUUUUCUUCUUCCUGGUGCAGUAUCAGUCCCUUCUACUAAAUGUGAAUGUAAAUGCAUCAACAAUAAGAUCUCUUCCAGAGCCUAUAUCUUCAUCAGUUGUGGUGCAACCCGCAAGUCUUUGCUGUGUUAAUGAGCUUAGCUUGCACCCAAGGGUGUGGCCUAGUGGUCAAUGAGUAGGUUGAGAACCAUGAGGUGUCAGGUUCAAAUCCGAGACAAAAAUAUACUCCCUCCGUCCCAAUUUAUGUUAUAUAGUUUGACUAGGCACAGAGCUUAAGACUGGAAGGAAGACUUUUAAAACUUGUGGUCUAAAAUAAGCUAUAGAUAUUUGUGUGACUCUAAAUCAUUUCAUUAAGGGUGAAACGGGAAGUUUUAAGUUAAAUUAUUUCUACAUAUAGAAAUGUAUCAUUUUUUUUUGGGUAGACCAAAAGGGAAAGUGUAUCACAUAAAUUGGGACAGAGGGAGUAAGUGAUUUCUUUCCAUCUGUCCUAGCUUUGGUGGACAGAGUUACCCGGUACCUGUUGUUGUGGGUGCUGGCAGGUAUCCCGUGGAAUUAGUCGAGGUGAGCGCAAGCUGGCCCGGACACCACGGCUAUUAAAGAGAAUGAGCUAAGCUUGCCAAUUAUUAUUUGGUUAAUUCCUUCCCUAGUCCCACAGCUGAAAAUCCCCAGCAACAUCCUGUGGUUUUGGAAAAAAUAGUUAUGGAGUUGGUGAAUACGUUCAUUUAUUUAGAUUUGAAGAAGGUAAAGGUAGCUAAGUAAAUGAGAUACGUUUUUCUUGGUUAUACACCAUAGUUGUUCUUAGCUGCACUAACAGUUGCGUUUCUCCUCCAACCACUGUAGACAGAACUACAGUCACAUUUCUGUACUUGAAUGAUGUUGAUGUUUGUGAAUUUUAACAAGGUGGGCUCUAUAUCCAGCCGGACUAGCUCAAUACUCAUUCAUUUGAUCAGCAGAAGUAUUGAUGCCAAGUUUGUGACGCUGAGUGGCAUCGCUGCUGAAUGAGAAAACAGAUUUUACAUUCUCCUUUGCUUUGUUUUGUUUUGUGCUUUCUGCGUCAUCAUUUGUUGGCACACCUAUAAUAAGCCAUCACUGCUCAUGUCUCUCAGACGUCAAUGCCCUUGUUCAAGAUAACUGAUGCAGCUAGAGAAGCCUGUAUCAAUAACAAGCCAUUUUUCUGUAGCUGAAUCUUUGAAGAAAGGAUGGUAAAAUACGUGUUUUAUUCUUAUUUGAAAAGAUUUGGAUGAGAAAUCUCUUUAUAUCUUCAAAGGAAUUGAGGUACUUAUAGUUAUUUACUCAUUCACUUUCCCAAACCCUAAGUACUUGCUAGUUGCUAUAACCUAGUAGGGGAUAAAAUCAAAGUUACGCAAGAUAUGGACCAUUAAAGCUCUGUAGCUGUUGUGUUAUUGAACUUCAUAUUAGUAUCACUUUUGCAAUUUUCUGUUGUCUUUUCUGUAUUCCUCAUUUUUGUACAUGAGUAAAUAUAAUUAGCUUUCAUGGUUUAAUUCUUUGCUGUAGUAUGAUUACUUCUGUUAUCACGAUGUUUGAAGCAUCUACGACGGUGAUGAAUAUUAAUUAAUUUUUUUAGUGUUAUCAUGUUCUUUUUUAUCAAGGUUAACUGAGAUGAGGUAAGGUUCAUGUCCAGGUUGCUAUAAAUUUUACUUUAGUGAUUCCGUAGCACUGGGUGUGUUGUUGUUGCCGGUAUUAUUCCAUAGCACAACUUCAAUUUGACAAAUUGUUUAUGAACAGCAGGAUGCAUGACGGAACGGACGAUAACAAUAUCAUUUCCUCCUUGUAGUGUGUGUUUACCUUAUGCUGAAACACUUAAUUAUUUUCCGUUUAUCUAAUAUUCUUCUCUAACUAUGUGUAACUUUAUGUGAUUUUCCGGCUCCCAUACUGGGCAGAAAUGAGAUGUUGCUUGUGGAUUGUAAACACAAGUACAAUCAUACCUCUCGAUAACAGCCAUCCUCUAUAACAUCCGAUCUUUCAUGCUUUGUUAUAUUAUAUAUUUUCAAAGUAACAACAUUUCUCUAUUGCAGCCAAAAGAUAUCGGGGCAUACUAUGUUGUUAUAGAGAGGCUUGACUGUACUUAGUGACACAAAAUGUAUAUUUCAUCAUUUCAUUCAUGAAAAAGCAUCUCACAACAAAUUCUUAUUUGUCUUAACGUGUCGUUGAUCGACCAUCAAACAGGUUCAAGUGUAUGAAAAAAGCAAACAGUACAGAAAACAUAUAAAUCUGAAGAUAUGUUUUCUCCUUUUACUGUCCAGCAGCAAAAGCCUCAACGGGGAAAGUUUUCGUGAUGCCAGCUAGACUCUUGAAGUGAAUCUUUCCCGUAGCGGGGUCCACUGUGAUAUCACCGACCGGAGGCCAUAGCAUCAGCUCCUUGGCCUUCACUCCUUUAAGCUUCUUGAUCCUCUUCUUCUCGACGUAUCCAGUUAUUUCAGUACCAUAACUCACCAGCUUACUGAUCAUUUUAAAGUUAUGUUCGACUUUUUUAGUUUGCAGGAUCCACAUGUACCCGGUGGUUUUUACGAACCCGACUUCGAUUACUUCAGCUAGAGGGAGAAGCCCUGCUGGGAGUUCAUAUUCUUCAAGAAGGGAAAGUGCCAUUUUUAGCCCUUCUUCAUGACCCUUCUUGACAAUUGCUCCUUCCUUUUCUGCCAUGUUUGUUAUUGUUGUUUGCUUAUCUUGCUUAGGGGAACUGAAUUUAUAGUGUGGUUUGCUUAGGGGAACUGAAUUUAUAGUGUGGUAUUUGCAUGUAAAGAGACAAAACUUGAUGGAGAAAACAAAGUGAGCAUUGUAUUA